AAAAGUGAAAAGGAGGGGAACGAACGACGAGUGUUUUCUUACGCGCAGCUUUUCAGAAAGAGAGAGAAACACAAAAAAUAAUAAUAAUAAUUUAAAAAAAAACCGUAACGUCUUCUAUACCGAUCAGACCAACGAGAGGCGAGAGGUUUGACACAGACUUCAGACCCCGAAGAGAGAGAGAGAGGGCGAAAGCUGGACGACUGCCCUCUCCUUCUCCGAUCUAUCAAAAAUUCAAAACAAAAAAAAAAAAGAAACAGAAUCUAUUGUUUUUUUUUUUUUUUUUUUCCAGAAAGAAGAAUUCUUUACAAUUACAUGACUUUCGUGCUUUCUCUCCUCUCCAUCUCCAUCUCCACCACCCUCUUGAAUGCGACGGUCGAAUGCCCGUAAGCGGGUCGUUCAUUCAAGACCUCCUCCUAUGGAUCCGGUAAAGCUCCCCGUCCGACCCGCCACCCGAUCCAACCUCUUCUCCCGGGCCCACCACCCCAAGCACUCCUUCUCCUCCGCCGCCGCCUCCAAAUCCGGCCUCUUCUUCAUCCUCCUCUCGCUCGCGAUCGCCCUCGCUCUUCUUCUCUGCUACUUCUUCGUCCAGGCCCGGGCCUCGCGGGGCAUCGCGAAGAGGCGGUACGGGAUCGUCAUCGACGGCGGCAGCACCGGUACGCGGAUCCACGUGUUCCAGUACGAGGUUGUUUCGGCGGCGGAGGAUCGGACCGCGGCGUUCGAUUUCAGCGGCGAGGGACUGGCGUCAUUUAGGGUUAAUCCGGGGCUCUCGGCGUAUUCGGAGGAUCCGGAGUCAGCGGGCGGGUCGUUGACGGAGCUUCUCGAGUUUGGGAAGGGGAGGGUUCCAAAGGAUCUAUGGAGGGAGACUGAUGUUAGGCUGAUGGCCACGGCGGGGCUCCGGUUGCUGGAUUCGGAGGUUCGGGAUCGGAUUCUGGAUUCGUGUAGAAAGAAGAUUAGGGAUUCCGGGUUUAAGUUUCGGGACGAGUGGGCUUCGGUGAUCACCGGCUCUGAUGAAGGGAUGUAUGCUUGGGUUGUCGCAAACUAUGCCCUUGGUUCUCUUGGAGGCGAUCCUCUUCGGACUACUGGAAUUAUUGAACUGGGUGGAGCUUCUGCCCAGGUCACUUUCGUUUCUAAUGAGCCAAUGCCUUCCGAGUAUUCCCAAGUUGUUACAUUUAAGAAUAUUACUUACAAUCUCUACAGUCAUAGCUUUCUUCAUUUUGGUCAGAAUGUUGCUUAUGACUCAUUGAGGGAAGCACUUACUUCGGGAGAGUUUAAUUUGGCUGCUAAAUCUCUUCAGGAGGGGAAGUCAGUGGAUCCUUGUACUCCCAAAGGAUAUUUACACGACUCAGAGUCGUGGGGACUCUCUCCAGGUUUGCAUGAUGAAAAAACUAGGUUAUCAACUCUUCAAUCUGAGGGGAACUUCUCAGAAUGCAGAUCUGCUGCAUUAAUGAUGUUGCAAAAAGGAAAAGAGAAGUGCUCUUAUCAGCAUUGCUAUAUAGGAUCAACUUUCCUACCAAAGCUCCGGGGGAAAUUUUUGGCAACAGAAAAUUUCUUCCACACAUCCGAGUUUUUUGGUUUGGGUCAAAAGUCAUUUCUUCCUGACCUGAUUAUGGCUGGACAACAAUUUUGUGGACAAGACUGGUCAAAGUUGAAGAAGAGAUACGACUUUCUUCAUGAGGAAGAUUUGAGACACUACUGCUUCUCUUCUGCUUAUAUUGUGGCUCUACUUCAUGACAGUCUUGGAAUUGCUUUGGAUGAAGAAAGGAUUACAGUUGCAAGUCAGGUGGAAGACAUUCCACUUGACUGGGCUUUGGGAGCCUUCAUUUUGCAAACCACUGCUAUUUUGGAAGCUGAGCACCCUAACUGGAUUGCCACUGUCAUCAGUGAGGACUCGACGACACUCAUCUCACUAAUUGUUGUCUUUGCAAUAUUGAUGUUUACGGCAUGGUCUGUAUCGAAGUGGCGGAAACCACAGUUGAAGACAAUUUAUGAUCUGGAGAAAGGACGGUAUAUAGUCACUCGUGUUGGUAGAUGUCGGUAGAUUCUUUUGAAAGGUAAUUUCAUAAUAUGUUUCGCCAAUCAGUAUAGAACAUUGUUCUAGUUAUGACACUCCGUCCAAGCUGCUUAAGCAUGCUAAGGUUAGCAUCUGGUACCAAGGUCAGGAUCAACUAUAAAUGAUGUCAGUACAUUUGGGUCAGAUCAGAAUGCAGGGCGACCUGUGCAAGAGCUAGAAUAGAAAGAUUGAACUACCAUUUUGUGUUUAGUGGAAAACUAAGAUCUCAUCUACAUUCCAUUUUGACGGUGGAAGGUUCGUUUUGGGAAAGCUACAGUCGGGGAUGUUGGACGGUGUGCCAUUUUGAAUGAUAGUAUAUGAUUUAGAUAUGCUUUUUUCACACUCAAAUACUCAUUCCAUCCAUAGCUAUAAGCGAUUGGUUUUAUCAUUUACCACAGUAAGAAUUAAUAUAUUUUCUUUCUUUUUUUUUCCUUGAAUAGAUGAUCAAUGUUCAGUCUUCAAUUUCCUAUGAUUCAUUGUAUCGAGAUCACUACUAAUGUAAAUUAUUGUGGAAUAUUUUGACCACAGAGA